AUGUCUACCAGUCUGACCACUUGUGAGUGGAAGAAAGUCUUCUAUGAGAAGAUGGAGGUGGCAAAGCCAGCUGACAGCUGGGAACUUAUCAUAGACCCCAGCCUCAAGCCCAGUGAGCUGGCCCCUGGCUGGAAGCAGUACCUGGAGCAGCAUGCCUCAGGCAGGUUCCACUGUUCCUGGUGCUGGCACACCUGGCAGUCGUCCCACGUGGUCAUCCUCUUCCACAUGCACCUGGACCGUGCACAGCGAAUGGGUUCGGUGCGCAUGCGCGUCUUCAAGCAGCUGUGCUACCAAUGUGGAACCGCAAGGCUGGAUGAGUCCAGCAUGCUGGAGGAGAACAUCGAGGGCCUGGUGGACAAUCUCAUCACCAGCCUGCGCGAGAAAUGCUACGAUGAGGACGCUGGCCAGUACCGCAUCCACGUGGCCAGCCGCCCGGACAGCGGGCCUCACCGCAGCGAGUUCUGCGAGGCCUGCCAGGAGGGCAUCGUGCACUGGAAGCCCAGCCAGAAGCUGCUGGAGGAGGAGGCGACCUACACCUUCUGUGAUGCCUCCAAGACAAAGGCCCAGGAGGGCUCGGGCUACAACUUCUUCUCUCUCCGCUGGUGCCUCUUCUGGGCCUCUCUCUGUCUACUCAUUGUCUACCUGCAUUUCUCCUUCCGUAGCUCUGCCUUCCUUUAG